UCAGCCAACUGCUAAAAUUACAUUUCGACUCGCAUAGCAUAGGUUAAAUAAAUUUUACAGUAUUUUGUUAAAACCAAAGAAUUUGCGUAUUUUAUACGUUUUGUUAAGUAUUUUGUGAUGUGUAGUUACAAAUUAGGGUGGUAGUUUUGUGUAUCAACGAAUAUUAUUCAAUUUAGGAGGUUAGAUUAAAAAACAAAAAUGUACCGUCCACCGGCUGUGCCGUACUCGCAAUACUUCAACGCGUACCCCCAAAUCCACUACCAACAGCCCCCCUGCGCCUCCAACGGCUACGGUUGGCAUGGCAACGGCUACGGAUGGCAACUAGAUCCCAAAGCAUGGAACACGGCCCCGCCCAACACGGAACAAACCGAUGCAGUCAUCGAAGAGCCCAUCAUCCAGUCAGAAAAAAUAGAAAAACAAAAUGCCUAUUAUGGAGAAAAAGGCUCAGGAUUUCGUUCGAGAAGUGAACCCCAGGACUUUCUGCAAAUCCGAGACCAAUGUCUGGACAGUGGAACUUUAUACGAGGAUCCUGAAUUUCUCGCUGAAGACUCGUCCUUGUUUUUCAGCAAACGUCCUGACAGAUAUUACGAAUGGAAAAGACCACACGAAAUCGUGGACGAUCCGCAACUGUUCGUCGAAGGCUACUCGCGCUUUGACGUGCAGCAGGGCGAACUGGGCGACUGCUGGCUGCUGGCGGCCGUCGCCAACUUGACCCUGUACAAGCGCCUCUUCUUCCAAAUCGUGCCGGACGACCAGGGCUUCGACGACAAGUACGCCGGCGUGUUCCACUUCCGGUUCUGGCAGUACGGCAAGUGGAUCGACGUGGUCGUCGACGACAGGCUGCCCACCUACAGGGGCCAGCUGGUGUUCCUGCACUCGACCGAGGACAACGAGUUCUGGAGCGCGCUGCUCGAGAAGGCCUACGCCAAGCUGCACGGCUCGUACGAGGCCCUGAAAGGGGGCUCGACGUGCGAGGCCAUGGAGGAUUUCACGGGGGGCGUGACGGAGAUGUACGAGAUGGAAAACAGCCCCCCAAAUCUGUUCAAAAUCAUCCACAAGGCCUUCGAGCGGUCGUCUUUGAUGGGCUGCUCCAUCGAACCCGAUCCGAACGUUUUAGAAGCCGAAACCCCCGAAGGGUUGAUUAGAGGGCACGCUUACAGCAUAACGCGCGUGCAGUACGUCGACAUUUCCACGCCCAACGUCACCGGCAAGAUCCCUCUUCUGAGGUUGAGGAACCCUUGGGGAAAUGAGGCGGAGUGGAAUGGCGCCUGGAGUGACGAUUCGCCGGAAUGGAGAUACAUCUCGGAGGAGGAAAAACAGUCCAUCGGCCUCACUUUCGACAACGACGGGGAGUUCUGGAUGUCCUUCAAGGAUUUCCAAACGCACUUCAGUCGCUUGGAGAUUUGCAACUUGAACCCGGAUUCGCUGACGGAAGAGGAGCUCCGCGACGGAAACAAGAAGCAAUGGGAAAUGAACGUUUUCGAAGGCGAAUGGGUGCGCGGCGUGUCGGCGGGUGGCUGCAGAAACUUUUUAGAUACUUUCUGGCACAAUCCUCAGUAUAGGGUGACGUUGAGUGAAGUGGAUGAUGGCGAUGAUGAAAGUUGCACGUUAAUUGUCGCUUUGAUGCAGAAGAAUAGAAGAUCCAUAAGGAAUACUGGAGUGGAGGAAUUGACAGUUGGAUUUGCCAUUUAUCAUCUUCCGUACCCGGACCGCGUUCCCAAACCCCUGGACAUGAACUUUUUCAAGUACAACGCCUCUGUGGCGCGUUCCCCUUCCUUCAUCAACUUGCGCGAAGUGAGCUGCAGAUUUAAACUCCCGCGCGGCACCUACUGCAUAGUCCCCUCCACCUUCGACCCCAACGAGGAGGGGGAGUUCCUCCUGAGAGUCUUCAGCGAAAACAAAACCGACAUGGAGAUAAAUGACAACGAAAUUGGAUAUGAACAAGACAUAUUAGAAUCUCCUUUACCUGUAGCCCCUGAACUUCAACAACAAAGUAACGAAAUUUACGAACAUUUCCUUAAACUUGCCGGAACAGAUCAAGAAGUUGACUGGUUUGAGUUGAAGGAAGUUCUGGAUUAUUCCAUGAAACAAGAACUGCAAAGCAUCACCACCCAACCUCAGAAAAAGACCGCCAACGGCCUAAACGCCGCCCCUGGCGGUCAAACGCAGAACCAAAAUCGGGGGCAAGGAGCGAAUAACGAAUUGACGGGGAUGAUAACCGCUUUCUUGGCUCUUUUGUGCGGAAGAAUGUGUAAAGAUACGCCACUGGCGGAAAUUAUUCCGCAACCCAGUAGGGAUAAUCCUCUGACUUCGGUGUUUUCCGAUAUGCAAGCUAGAGGGUUUUCCAAAGAUAUUUGCCGAAGUAUGGUAGCCAUGAUGGAUGAAGAUCAUUCAGGAAAACUCGGUUUUCCAGAAUUUAAAAUCUUGUGGGGAUUGCUUAGAAAAUGGAAGGAUAUAUGGUAUUCCCAUGAUCAAGACAGAUCUGGGUCGUUCAGCGGUUUUGAGUUAAGAGACGCUUUAAAUAUGGCAGGAUAUCGCGUUAACAAUAAACUUUUAAACGCCCUAAUGCACCGGUAUGGCAAUAAAAAUGGGGAAAUUCAGUUUGACGAUUUUAUUUUGUGCGCCAUCAAACUUAAAACCAUGUUUGAUGCGUUUAAGAGUAAAGACGAAAAAAGCACAAACUCAGCGACUUUUAGCUUGGAAGAAUGGUUGGAAAUUACAUUAUACACAUAGAUAAUCUAUUUUAUUAUAAAUAUACACCAAAAUAUGUAUCCAAAGAUUUUAUGGAACUUUAAAUUUUAAAGUUAUUGCUUACCAGUAUUGUUUUAAAUAUAAUAUAU